AUGAGUUUAUUAGUCAGAGCAGAAAUCAUCAAAGUCAUCAUCCAAUAUCUUCCAGUAGUUCCAAAAACCAACUACUACAAAGACAAGAGCUACACACAAGAGCUUUAUGUUGAAACAGCUUGCGAUAGAUUGGGGGUUGACUACUUCGCCAUGCCCAACUAUGUGAAACAUGAAUUAUGUGACUUUGCCCACGAGGCUAUCGUUCGUGAAUACAAGAACAUCGCAAAGACUCAGAAACAAGCGGUGUUAGCUUAA